AACUUAAUUGCACACUUUCUCUCUCGGCAUGCGAUGAAAUUGACGAUGGUGAUGGUGAUAGCGAUGAGAUCCAGUGAAGACGGCGACGAGAUCGACGGCGACGAGAUCGAGACGACGGCGACGAGAUCGAGCCAGGGCAAUUAGAUCGAUUGUAUCCUCUCUCAUGAAGCAAACUGAGCGACUACGGCGACGAUCGACAUAACCAAUGACUCGUCGAUAGUUGGACUGGCGAUGCAGAUUCCAUAUUCAGGAGUUGUUGUUGGGAAGAGCAGAAUCAAGAGCACUCCUGGAACUGGUGAGGCUCUCUUGAGGGGUCAGAUCAAGAAUCUGUUGCAGAAGGUUGAAGAAGAAGAAGCACAUCUUAUUAAAAAGAUAUCAGUUGAAUCUCGUCCCUUCAUCCAUCUCGCUACUUCUCCCAUGGGACUCCUCGCUCCGACUCCGGCCAACACCCCCACAAGUUAUCGAUGGAGUACAGAUUGUGAUCACAUCUCCCGUUGUUUCAGGACAGCUCAGAGCAGCAGCAGCAUCAUCUCAGGUGGAGGAGAGGGAAAUGUUUGUGGAGAAAGACGAUAGCUUGGACAAGAGUCUUUUAAGGAAACCUGAUGGAACAUAUAUAUGGAGUGUUGUAGAUGCUGAAGAUGCUCAUAGAAGUUUUGAUGAAGGGGUUAAUUAAAGGUUUCAGGAAGCAAAGGAUCAGAUGGAGAAACGCGUUUCUUCUCGGUUCUAUAGUGACCACCAUUGUUGUUUUAAGAUUUCCUGCUCUUACAACAACUCCUGUCAUAGAACAACUGAACGCUUCUGAUGGGUUCAGUAGAGGAAAACUUGCAGACCAAGAAACUGAUACUAGUCUUCGGAGGAAAAGACGAAAAAGGAAGAAAAGAAAGAUAAAAGACGAGCUUAUUCUCCCUGAUCCUCCACCAGUACCACGACAUGUUCUUUCUUCCUCAGAGGAAGCUUUAGCUUUUGCAAAACUAGAGAUUCAGCAAGCCCCUGAAGUCGUCAAUGACACGGAACUGUUUGCUCCAGUGUUUCGCAACCUCUCUGUUUUCAAAAGGUACAGUUUCUAAAGGAACCGAGUACUUUCAAAAGGUACAGUUUCUACGGUCCGCUUCCACACAACGUAGCUCGUAAAAUGACUUACGUGCAACACAUGAAGUCAAACAAAUACUGUCUAUGUCCAAUGGGUUACGAAGUGAACAGUCCACGUAUCGUUGAGGCAAUAUACUACGAGUGCGUACCCGUUAUCAUCGCUGAUAACUUCGUCUUGCCGUUCAGCGAGUUGCUUGACUGGUCUGCGUUCUCAGUGGUUGUGCUGGAGAAGGAGAUUCCACGGCUUAAAGAGAUAAUAUUGGAGAUCCCGAUGAGGAGAUAUGCGAAAAUGCUGUUGAACGUGAAGAUGGUUCAGAGACAUUUAACACAAAAGAUUCGGCAGUUGUGGACAAAGCCUCACAUGUCUCAACUUUUCAUAUAGUUGUGUUUUGUUAUGGGACUGUUUACAUGGUUCCUAGUUCUGAUUCUUGUGCCAUUUUCACAUUUGGUGUUAUUUUUCAAUAACUAAAGUGUAAUUGGAAUAUUUUUGGACGAAGCCAAGCCGAUACAUACAAUAUACGAUAAGCGAAGGGAAAGA